AUGGCAUCAUCAACAAGUGGAGAUACAACUGCAAUAGCUAAAGAAAUUAAAGCACAAUUAAAACAAGCUCGAGAACUUAUUAGUCAAAAAGAUCAUACUGGAGCUUUGAAAUUAUGUGAAGCAAUUAUUAAAAAAGAUAAAACAUGUUAUACAGGUUGGAUUAUGAUUGCUGCUUGUGCACAAGAAUUGAAACAAUUUCAUCAAGCACAGGCCGCUUUGAAUAAAGCACUUGAACUUGAUGAAAAUCAACCUAUUGCUUAUCAAGGUAUGAUACAAUUAGGUGAACGUGCUCCAGGUUUUCUUAGUGAAAGUGAUAUUACUAGUGCAUAUCGAAAAUUAUGUUCAUUGAUUCGUGCAUCUGAUCCAACAAAAUUCUUCGAUCAUGCAAAAAAAUAUAUUGAAUAUUUAAAGAAACAAAUUGAAUUUCAAUCAACAACUACAGAUGAACAAAAUAAUCUAUAUCGGAUACAAUUAGCUGAACUUUGUAAAGAUAUUGUUGAAGAAAAACGUCUUCAAUUAAGUCAAGAAGAUGAACGAUUAUAUCGAUUAUUGUCUAUUGAUAUACUUUCACCGAUAAAAACACUUUCAACAAGUUUAAAUGAAUUUUUGAGUAGUAACUAUUUUUGGCUAUCACAAAGUAGUUCAGAUAAUAUUCAACGUUUAAAUUACUAUGAAAAAUAUAUUAAAUCAAUUUGUCAAAUGGGUCGUCCUAGUUCAGAUAUUAUUGAUUAUUGUAAUGAAUGUUUAACACUAUUUCCAAAUUCGACAAUAGCUCAAAAUACAAUAAUAACUAUUGUUCUUGAAACAUUAUUACCACAAAUAUAUGAUUCAUUGGCCCCUGUAGCAAAAUUAACUGAUGCAUUAAAUCGUAUUCGUUCAGAUGAGAAUAAUCAAAUAUCAGCACCAUCGAUUUGUGGUAAAGCUUAUUUUUUAAUUCGAAAUGGAAAAUAUUCAACUGCACUCGAAUCAUUACUUAAUCUUAAUCAAGAAGAUGAUAGUUAUCAUCUUGUACUUAUUCUUCAAAUGGUUUGUUAUACUCAUUUACACAUUAUUAAAGAGACAAUAGACAUUAUUAGUAUUGCACGAACAAAAUUGACAAAUUUUAUUGUGAAAGAUGUUGUAUUAUCAAUUGAAUCGUUAAUAGAUCUUUGCUUAGCUAUGAUUACCUAUGAUCAAGGUCAAUAUGAAAAAUCUAUUCAAUUAUUUAAUAAAGUUCGAAAUGUAUUAAAUAAAUUUCAUGAUCGAGCAGUUAAUGGUCAAUUUAAUGCUUAUAUAAAGUUGAAUACAUCAACUGAUGCUCGUACAUGUUACGAAAUAAUAAAAGAUCAUUUAGAUCCAAGUCAAGAAGUAUCUUGUCGUCUUCAGUUAGCUCUAAUUGAAGAAUAUCCUAGUGAACUUCUUAAAAUAGUACAAAAUGCAUUAAAAGAAGCUAAUGAUAAUGAAGAAUUAUUUGAGUUAACUGUUCAAGGAUGGUUAUCAGUUGGUCAAGCUUAUUUAUCUAUUCAACGUUCAAAUGAUAUGUUUGAUAAAGAUCAAUGCAAAUAUGCAUUUAAUAAAGCUAUUGAACUUGAUGAAUAUUUUUGGGAAAGUUAUGCAUGUUUAAGUCGAUAUUAUAAUGAAAUUGAACAAAGUUUACCUGAAGCAUUAGCUUAUUCAAAACGUGCUUUUGAAUUAAAUGAAAAUAUUGAAAGUGUACAAAUAAACUAUGUUGAUAAUCUCCUUCAAGCUGAACAAAUUUAUGAUGCAUUAGAAAUCCUUGAACGUAUACUUGCUAUGAAUAAUACAAAAACUUGGGCACAUUUUCGUUUUGGACUUGUUUCUCUUCGAAUAAAUAAUGUUUAUAAUGCUGUUAAAGCAUUACAAAUCGUUUCUCGACGUCCACCUGUUUCUGGUGCUACUUGGUCAGCAUUAGGUGAUGCACAUUUACAUACAAAUAAUUUAAAAACAGCAUUAAGUUGUUAUAGUAAAGCAACAUCAUUAGAACGUGAAACACUUUAUUCAUUAACAAGACAAGCAUUUACUAUGACAUUACUUGGUCGUUAUAAUGAAGCUAUUUCAUUAUUUGAUAAAGUUAUUGAUCAAUCACCAAAAUAUAUUUUAGCUCGAAAAGGCAAAGGUGAAGCUCAUUUUUAUCUUGCUAUUCAACAACUAGGACUUUAUAAAGAUCAAUUAGCAGUUUUUCAUGUUCAGCAAUCACUUACAGCCUUUCAUGAUGCAUUAUGUUUACAAUCUAAUUAUGCAUGUUUAUGGAAAAAAUAUGGUGAUGCAUGUAUGCUUCUUCAUCCGAUCAAUGAUGCUUUAAUUCAUAUACGAUUACCAUCAUUAACAAAAAAAUUUGAUGAAAAUAAAAUAAAAGAUACUGAUGGUUGUAUUGUUUUAAAAAAAAUUGAUCUACUUCAACGUGCACAAAAAUGUUUCAUGAAAGCAAUUCAUCUUAAAUCACGUUCAGCAGUAUAUUGGUCAUGUCUUGCUCAAUGUGUUUAUAUUCAAGCACGUUAUAAUUCAGAUGAUCAACGUAUGCUUAUGCUAGCAUUGGAAUAUAUGAAAGUGGCGAUUUCAUUAAAACCCAAUGAUCAUUUAUUAUGGAAUGCACUUGGAGUUGUUGCAGCACAUCCAGCUUUGAAUGAAUCUGGUUUUGCUCAACAUUGUUUUUUUAAAUCACUUCAAUUACAACGAUCAGCUAUAGUAUAUACAAAUCUGGGCUUUCUCUAUUAUCGUCAUGAAAAUAUAGAAUUAGCAAAUAAAGCAUUUUCCAAAGCUCAACAAACUGAUCCAAUGUAUUCAUUAGCUUGGAUUGGACAAGCACUUAUAGCUGAAAAAAUUGAUUAUAAUGAGUCUAUUGAUCUCUAUCGUCAUUGUGUUGAUCUUUCCAAUCACUCCCAAGGUUUAUAUGGUUAUGGAAAAGCAAUUGCACGUCUUCUUAUUAAACCAACUAAUAAAUCAAGCGAUAUUUAUCGAUAUUCAAUUGAUUAUUUAGAUGGUAAUCAACGAGCAUCAGAUGCAUUGACUAAAUAUAUUCAACGAAAUCCACAAGAUGUAAAUGCUUUACAAUGUUUGGGCAUUAUUCAUGAAUUUAAUCAACGUUUUAUUCAAGCUGCUAAUGCUUAUCAACUUUCGUUGACUUAUAUGAAUCAACAAAGUGAACUAUCAAAAAUGAUACGAAAUGAUUAUGCACGUGUUAAAUGUCGAAGUGGUGAUAUACAAUUAGAUGCAUUUGUUUUACAAGAUAAUAAAAUAACAUUACUUGAUGUUCUCUGGUUAGCAAUAGCUUAUGGAAAAAUGAAUAAACAAAUCGAUGCUAUUGAAAUUUUAAAACGUUUUAUUGAUGAUUCAACAACAUCAAAUAAAGAUCGUUCAAUUUUAUUAACUUUUCUUGGACUUUAUCAACGUAAAAUUGACCCACAAACAGCAGUUAAAAAUCUUUUUAAAAGUUAUUCAACUAAACCUGUUUGUUCAAGUGCAGUUACUGCACUUUGUGCUAUGGGAAUGAUUAUAUCAGAUAAUCGAAUAACAUUAGCAGCUUUAAAAGAAAUGCCAAAAUUAACCGAUUCGAACUAUACAAUGGAUAUACAUUUAUUAACAUGUUUAUCAAUGUUUUUAACUAAUAAAACUCGUGAAGUAUAUAAUUAUACAAUGAAUGCUGUUCAUAGUUAUCCAUGGUUAACAGGGGCAUGGGUAUUAGCUUUAAUUGCACGUAUUCAAAUGGGUAAUCCAUUAGGCGUAUUACAAAUGAUUGAAGGAAUUUGUCGUUCAAAUUUUUCAACACUUGAUGAGAAAAUGGUAAUUCUUGUUGCUAAAGCAUUACAUCAUAUAUCACUUGAACGCCAUGAACAUAUUUUACAUCUAUUUCAAAUGUUGAUUAUGCAUCGUCCAGCUUUACUUGAUUUACGUAUUUCAUUGGCACAAUAUAUUCAAUCAUUCGAUCAAUCAUUUGGUCAAUCUUUACUCCCUAAAACUACUUCUCUGUGA